AUGCCCGUCAGGAAAGUUUCACGGUAUCAUCAAGAUUUUCUCGGAAUUAUUUAUAAAAUAGCUGAUAAAUUGAGACUUCAAGACAUAGAAUACACGUCAGAGUACGGCUCUGACGAUAUCGAUAAUUUCAUGUUUGGAAUAUUCAAAGUAGAACUAAGGGGAUAUCAAGACGAUCAGAAGGUUCAUUAUAAAAUUAUAUUAAAAUGGCAUCCGGAUCCGAAUAUGCGCAAGCUUUUCAGAGAUUUAUACUUACGGGAGUAUACAUUUUACCAAUAUAUCGUACCGGAGCUACUAGAUAUACAAAGGUGUUUCAAUAUCAUUGAAGGAUUGAAAACAAAAUUUAGCAACUGCUUUUAUGCGAGUGCGGAGUAUAAUAAAGAAACCAUAGCUUUUCACAGUAUAACCGAUGAUGGAUUCAAGAUGCUCGAUAGAUUUCAAGAGACUGAUGUAGCGCACGCCUCCCUCGUGGUGAAAAAUUUAGCAAAAAUGCACGCGUUGUCGUUUGUGCUGGAAAAAGUUAAGCCAACUGUGUUUGAGGAGCUAAAGACUCGUUGUCACACAGACGUUCAAUAUUCAGAUCUAGACCGUGUGUCUAAGUCUAUGGAGUGCUACUACAAAGCUUCCGUGAAUGUAGUGUUUGACCCAGUAGUUAGAGAAAAAUUGAGAGCACUAUUACCUAGAUUCUUGCAAGUUUUAAACAGAUGUACAAUGCCAGUGCCUUAUAGUGUUAUUUGUCAUGGCGAUUGUUGGAACAAUAAUAUAUUAUAUAGACAUCAGAGUGGCCGGCCAAUCGACGUCAUUUUCGUGGACUAUCAGCUUUUGAGAUACGCAUCUCCAGUGACUGACAUCUCGUACUUUUUAUACAUGUCCACCGACAGAAGUUUCCUCUCUGCUAAUAAAGAUCGGAUCUUGGACAUUUACUAUAAUACUAUGUCAGCAGUACUUAGACAAUGUAACCUGGACGUCGAAGACGUGUACCCUAGAAGGGUAUUUGAUAAACAUUUAAAGGAAUAUUCAGUAUUUGGUCUUAUUGAAGCUUUAGUUUCGAUGAAAAUUAUAACAGCAGAUGUUGAUGAAGCUAUCAAAAUGACAGGUGAAAUAUGCAAGGAGGAAUUACCGAAGGAUUUAUCGCCAAAUGGAUCUUUGUACGUUGAAAGAGUUAAUGGCGUUGUUGAUGACUUUUUUGAAAGAGGAUAUUCAUUAAAUGCUGUAUUAAAUGAGACGUGACCUUAAUCUAUGUAUUUCGACACAAGGUCUGUAAUGUUAUAAUUUCUGUAGAGUGAAGUAAUGGCUUGUGUUUAAUUCGCUGGUAAUGUUGUAGUAAAUGCUAGGUAUUUCUUUGUUCUUCCGUUACAUUCGUGAUCAUGAGUUGAAAUUUAGAUGCAUUUUCGUUUUUCCCAAUGUAUUUGAAACAUUUAAUCGCCACCCAAUAUGACGGCACACAAUUUUUCUGUUUUGUUAGAAGUUUGAGUAAUGUUCUCAGCUUUGAAAGGAAAUUUAUAAAGAUGAUCUAAAGGCCGCAGUCGUGGUGAUGAAUUAAUUCAUAGUAGCAGGCUAAUUGUCCGCAACAAAGGUUUUUCCCGGACCCGUCCGGACCGGAUGAGCUUUGUCUAACGGAAAAUAAUGGCUCUGCUCCCAGAUGGUGAUGUUUUACACUCAUUCUUAUUCUAGGCAAACGGUCUGUUUUAAGUAAGUUACUGUUGUUUUUCUUUGCUUAUAACUAAUUAUGAUGGGUUUUAAACAUUCUCCUUAGGCCAUUUAAACACUAUACUACUGUUGAAAAGAACAUUUUUAAAUGAUAACUAUGAUAACACAGUAUACUACUUAAUAAAUAUAUGAU